CCCCCCCCAUGGACGCAAAUAGUACAUUGACCAAAAACAGUUUUCUGGAUUUUGAACCAGUCUAGGCCAGUACCCGCUUGUCCUAGCCAACCACCCACCCCGGUUGUCAUGAAUAGAGUACAAACGUAUCAUGAAAGCCCAAAGCCAUGUGCGGGUGAACAACAUCAAUUAUUGUGCCUUCAUAUUUGACACUUGAACAGGAAACUCCCUCUUCGCAGUAUUAGUUAUCCUCUGACUCCUAAUAGCUCGACGAACAAAGACAAAGACUUUGGUUCAUUCACUCAUUCAUGAUGAAGGCCAACUCAGUGGCGAGUGGCUGGCAGUUGGUCUUCCACGGACCUCGUUGGCUAGCCCGCUAAGAUCAUAAGAUCAUAGUGGCACCACCAUGUCCAUACGACGGAGUGCCUCAUUUGUGGAACCUGGGACAGGUCAUGUAACCGUCAUUGAAGAAGAUCUGGGCCACCCAGAUUCGCGCGCAUUUCAUCCAUUUGUGGGUUCUUGUCGGAUGGUGUUUGCCCUUUUGGGUUUUUUAGGUUUUGCCAAUGUGUAUGCCAUGCGUGUCAAUUUGUCCUUGGCCAUUGUGGCCAUGGUUAAUCAGACGGCUGUGACACCCCCGGAUCCUCCCAAUGCCACCAACAUUUGUCCAAUCUAUCCAACACCAUUAAAUAUCACGGUGCCUAGCGAGGAUGGUCCUUUCAUUUGGGAUGAUAAAGCGCAAGGCAACCUUUUGGCGGCCUUUUAUUGGGGCUACGUACUGUUGCAAAUCCCUGGUGGUCGCAUUUCAGAGAAAUUCGGCGGAAAAUGGGUUUUCAGCAUCGGUAUUCUGGGAACUUCGCUCCUGACAAUUCUCACACCGUUUGCUGCCAAAUUCGAUUACUCGUUGUUCAUGUUUGUCAGAAUACUUGAAGGGCUUUUUGAGGGUGUCACAUUUCCCUCAAUGCAUGCGAUGCUGGCCCAAUGGGCUACUCCCACGGAACGAAGCCGCAUGGUGUCCUAUAUCUAUGCCGGAUCUCAAAUCGGUACAGCCGUAUCGACGCCCAUAACUGGGCUCUUGUGUCAGACAUUGGGAUGGGAAUAUGUGUUCUACAUAUUUGGGAGCCUUGGCUUGGGUUGGUUCUUUCUGUGGUCUCUAUUCGUGUAUGAUUCCCCCAGCAAGCACCCACAUAUUAGUGAGGCCGAAAGAACAUACAUCCAAGAAUCCAUUGGAAUUCGCAACAACCAGUUUCGCCCCAAAAUCCCGUGGAAGGGGAUUUUGACUUCGGCUCCAUUUUGGGCAAUUGUUUUUGCCCACACAUCAAGCCUAUGGGGAUUCUACACGCUUCUGUCCGAAUUGCCCACUUAUUAUAGACAAAUUCUGCACUACACUACGGAAUCGAAUGGGGUCGUGUCUGCCAUUCCAUAUGUUUUUAAUUGGCUCAUGAUACUGUUUGCCUGCAAAAUGGCAGACAUGCUUGCCACAAAGGACGUGUUAUCGAGUACUCAAAUUCGAAAGACAUUCAAUUCAAUUGGCAUGUUUGGACCUUCACUCAUGCUAUUGGCCAUGUGCUUUACCGGUUGUCACUCUACAGCCGCAGUGGGCUUCAUUUCGGCAAGUUUAGGCCUGAGUGGAUUUGCUUCCGCAGGUUACAAUGUGAAUCACAUUGACAUUGCACCGAAUUAUGCCGGAACUCUCAUGGGAAUAACGAACAUGUGUGCCAACUCCAUGGGUAUCAUCACGCCUUACUUUGUUGGAUUCAUCGUUGAUGGUCAUGAGGAUCUAUCGCAUUGGCGGACCAUUUUCCUGUGCUCCUCCUCGAUCUAUUUCCUCGGAAAUGUGAUCUAUCUUCUCUGUGGAAGUGGAGAAAUCCAAGCCUUUAACGACUCAUCGGGAGUUGGUCGCCAAGAUCGAAUUUGUUUGCUAGCAGAAGAGUCAGACGAAGAUGGUUCUCAAGAUAGCGAGGAUGACGAUAUCUUUUUCAAUUUGUUCGGCAGUGUCAAUGAUGUCUGAACUGUCUCUGUGAUACGAAGAAACUACCUCUACGUAUGCUUUGCCUCAAAAUAUUGACAUACAUGUUAAUUUGUGCUUUACUGGUAGCAACAAAAUAUUCAUGAACACCAUUGUGAGACCCCAGUCAAAAUGUAAUAUUAACAUGAAUGCGUCUCCACUUUUUUCUUUAUGACUUCUUUUUAUUAAUGGGGUCAUUUCUUCUUGCUAAUGAUUUCCUAUUAGUUCAAUAAAUUCGCUCAAAAUCUGA